AUGGAGAAGCAGUCGGCUUGCUGCACAGAGUGUGGCUUUACCUCAAAAGAUAUGGAGAUCUUUGCCGUGCAUGUAGAUCAGCAUGAGAAGCAGCAGAUUCUACGCUCUGAUAGUAACAGUGAGCAGAGCAAUGACUGGACGGAAGAGAACGUUGAUUCUCCGAAUUCGUCCCCGAGGGACUCGAUUUCUUCAUUGUCGGGAGAGCGCUCGCCACCACUGAUCAUCGCCACAGCCAAUAAUGUGAAGGCAGAGAAGCGGACACAUGUUUGUCCACACUGCAACUUCACAACAUUCAUGUCGCAGCAUAUGAAGAGUCAUUUGGAAGCCCACGAACGUCAUCAGGGCCAAAUGUACCAGUGUGAUGUCUGCCAAAUGCAGUUCAGCCAAAAAGCCAACAUGCAUCGCCACCGGAUGCGACACUCCGGUGUAAAACCGUACGAGUGCCGUUACUGUAAGAAGCGAUUCUUCAGAAAAGAUCAGAUGCAAGAGCAUUCGAUGACUCAUAUCAAAACCGGGGCCGAUUUCGACUGUCCAGUUGCUGGCUGCCCGGCGGUUUUCACCCAACAUUCAACCCUUCGUGCCCAUCUUGAUGAAACACACAUCAUCUCCACCUCAGCUCCGGCCAGCUGCAAGCUGUGCACGCUGCUCUUCUCAAAUUCCCGGCGUCUGCUUUUGCAUUACCAGACAAAACAUGAUGACAGCGAGGCGUCUGCCAUUUUGCGAGAGGGGAAACGUGAGCCCAGGAAGAAGAGAUCACAAACCGCUAACUCGGUCUGUGCCUCUAUAACGCCGCAGACUGUCUUGCCCACCGCAAAUAUUAUCCAGCCAAUUCCGAUGCUACCUUCAACCGCUGCGAUGGCAGCUGCCCUCCAGAGUCACAUCCAGAAUCUAGUCCAAAAGGGCUUUGGAGCUCCACUAGCUCCCAUCAAGACCGAGCUCCCACCAGUGAAGGUGGAAUAUGAGAGGCCUUAUUCUCUAUCAAAUGAAGAUCUGCUGAUGGCGUUGUCAAAUACGGCAGCAGCGCAACAAGCCGCUAUGAUAUCGGAAUCGAAAGAGACAGUUCUACGAAUGUGGGCCGGUGAGCUGAAUGGGAAUGGGCUAUCGUCGUUGCCAUCGCCCCCUGCCCAUCACUCUCAUUCUCCAUCGGUGGACAGUGGAGCUUCAUCUGGGGAAGGAUCUUCUGAUGAUGCAAGUACUAAGGACUUGCAAUGCAACCACUGCGGCAUCGUGUUCUACGAUCGCACCCUACAACUACUCCACAAAGGAUUGCACACGGAGCACGACCCGUGGCGCUGCAACCUUUGCGGCCAUUUGUGCGCUGACAAAUACAUGUUCACCACGCAUAUCAUCUCCUCAAAUCAUAUGGUA